AUGGCAAGCACCCGGGCCGAGGGCUCAGGCUCAGGCUGGCAGGGGACCUGUGCGCUGGCUGCAGCCCUGCUCUGGCUGCACCCACUGCUGCUGUGUGCUGAGCCCAAGAGAGCUACCCUGGAUGUGUGUGGGAAGCCAGCAGUAACUGGGAAGAUCUUUGGUGGCCAGAACGCGCCAGACUGUCGGUGGCCGUGGCAGGCCAGCCUGUUCUACCGCGGCAAGCACAUCUGUGGAGCUGCCCUCAUAGAUGCCUACUGGGUGAUCUCAGCUGCCCACUGCUUCCAAAAGUCCCGUGAACCAUCUGACUACUGGAUCCUGCUUGGGUACCAUCAGCUCCAGCAUCCCACUGAGCAUAGCCGGCAGAUGACAGUAUAUCGAAUCAUUGUUCACAGUGACUUUAACAAGUACUACUUCAUGGGCAGUGACAUCGCCCUGUUGCAACUGCAUCUGUCUGUGAAUUUCACUUCGCACAUCCUCCCUGCCUGCCUCCCGCGGCCUACCACAAAGCUGUCCCUUCACAGCAGCUGCUGGAUAACGGGCUGGGGAAUGAUCACCGAGGAUGAUUUCCUGGCUGCACCAUUCCAGCUGCAGGAGGGAGAGGUCGGCAUCAUUGACAGUGAGGUCUGUAAAAUGUAUUUCCAAUCACCAGACUCCAGCAGAAGUGAAUAUUCUAUACACGAGGAUAUGUUUUGUGCUGGGGACCUCAUGACAGGAAAGUCCAUCUGCAGAGGAGAUUCUGGGGGCCCCCUGGUCUGCAAGCUGAACGGUGGUACUUGGUUUCUGAUGGGGCUGUCUAGCUGGAGCCAGGCCUGCCGCUAUCCCGUAGGCCCCAGUGUCUUCACCAGGCUCACCUACUUCUCCAGCUGGAUCAAUGAGAAGAGGAGCACCUCGCCCAAUCCUGAUCCUUCUUUUGCUCCUCCGCAGGACAAUCCUCCUAUUUUAAGUGACUUUUCUUCUCUGGGGACUGUCCACAAGCCCAGCACCUGCAUAACCCUUGUGUCUUCACAGACCCUCCUCCUACUGCUGAUUUCCCUAAGGACUCUGUGACAGACCCCAUGAUGCCCCUCCUGUCCCUCCCCAACAAGCUUGUCUGCAUUAGUAUCAACAGACUCUACAUUCUUCUUAAAUGUGUCCAUCUCUGAGCAAUUCUGUCUAUCUGAGGCUUGCUCCAGG